CUCACCUCGCAUCCUUGCCAUGUCGGACUCCGCUUCAAACGUCUUCGAGUACGAGACUGCGCAAUUGUCCAACUAUGUGUGGGCGGCAGCUACAUCAUUGUUCAUCUACGAGUACAUGCUCACUUUUCUGACAAUGGAAAUACCGAGCGUCUGGUGUAAAAGAUGGAAUCUCAUGUCCGCGCUCUUUGUCGUGAACCGAUAUUGCUUCUUUUUCGGAUGCAUCGGUCAAACUGUUAUGUUUCUCGUUCCAGGUCGAUCUGAGUCAUUUUGCCACGACUUUUUUUAUGCGCCGAUCAUGACCCAGUUCAUCGCAGGAAUUACAACAUACUGCCUAUUUGCCCUCAGGGUCAUCGUCUUGUACGAUAAAGCACUUUGGGUCGCAGUCGUCCUCGGAGGACUGAUCCUCGCUCAUCAAGCGCAAGUUAUCUGGACAAUAGCAUUGACAAUAGGCAUCGCAGUCACCGAUGUGGAAGACACAGGAAUGCCCGAUCCUAAUAUCUCACUCUGUGUCUUCACGACGAGGACAGACGCUUCACUGACUCCCUUUUCUCGGUGUAAGCCCCCGAACGGUGGCGUGAGCAUAGAGCAUUGUACUGACUACCAACUUAUCCCCUGCAGUGGAAACAUCUAUCGUAUUGACGACCUUGGUCUUCGACAUCGUCCUCUUUGUCCUCACCGUCGCAAAGACAUUCGAACACGGCCGUCACAUGCAGCGGAUGGGUCAGACGAGCAUUUCUCAACUCUUGCUACGCGAUGGCACCAUCUAUUUCUUUCUGUCUCUGUUGACGGCCAUUGCAGUAACAACCACCCAGCUCUAUUCUACGUUCAGCGACAAUCCAUCCAUGGGCCUUUCCUCAGAUUUUUUCCUCCUCCUUACGCCCUUCUACAACGCCAUACCCAACAUGCUCGUCAGCAGACUCUACCUCAAUCUCAAAACAUUCGACUUCAACGCUACCGAUGCCAGCAAACACAGGACAGCGGAGAUGAGCCAACUGGAGUUCGCUGGCGCAGCGCCUGGGAGGAUCUUGGGCAAUAUCGGGGGACCCUUGAGGACUUUGGAUGAUGACGAUGAUGAAAGUGGCGAGUACGACAGUCCGACCGAUGUGGGGAGUUUCAAUGAUAAGGAAGAUAAUACUGUGAAUAUUAUUGGGAAUGCAGAUGUGGCGUCGCAGGAUGAAGAAAGAGGUGGGCGAGGUGCAGGUGAUCGGAGU